GAUUAGAGGACAGUAAAUGACCCAUAUCCUAAAUAGAUAGCUAAAGAGCCAUGGACAUAUUCUGGCAUAAAUGCAGGGUUAAAUGUUACUAAGGUUACAGGCUUUGUUGUUGUUAGCUAGACUGCUAAUUUAGCUAACGUCGUUAGCUAUAUAACUAGCUAUUCGGAGCUAACGAACGGUGCUAGGUUAGCAAGACAAAUAGCUAGUUAUCUAGACUAGUCAGCAAGACAAAUAGCUAGUUAUCUAGACUAGUCAGCAAGACAAAUAGCUAGUUAUCUAGACUAGUCAGCAAGACAAAUAGCUAGUUAUCUAGACUAGUCAGCAAGACAAAUAGCUAGUUAUCUAGACUAGUCAGCAAGACAAAUAGCUAGUUAUCUAGACUAGUCAGCAAGACAAAUAGCUAGUUAUCUAGACUAGUCAGCAAGACAAAUAGCUAGUUAUCUAGACUAGUCAGCAAGACAAAUAGCUAGUUAUCUAGACUAGUCAGCAAGACAAAUAGCUAGUUAUCUAGACUAGUCAGCUACCAAGUUGACCAGACAAGAGACCAUCCCGCGAAAGGAGAGAAGUCACGGAGACGUGACGCCAAGGUUCAUCUAAACGAGAAUCUCCUGUCAGAGGGACCACAUGGAUACGGAGAACAUUCCUCACCCUUACGAGGACAACCGAGAUGCAGAGCGCCAGAGUCGUCAGUCCCGCAGCAGGAGCACGGCUGGGAAAGGUUCCAAGGCGUCGGUACGAACUCUGAAACGGGACAAGAGUCGGGACGGAGAAAGAGAUGAGAGGGACAGCUGUGCUGGGGACCAGGCUAAGACACGGACACAGGAAGUGGAUCCGGACCGGGACCGCAUGUCAGACAGAGAGCAUCGGAGGAGCAGCUCUUUCUACUCUGAGGACUACGAGAACCUAACACCCUCGGAACACACGCUGUCGCCCUACUCCCGUACGCCCUCCCCAGCCCUCGCAGAAAGGGACCUCGCGCCAAGAGGGUCUCCAGCAGUCCUCUACACAAAACAGUCCUCUACACAAAACAGGUACUAUACACCCACACCCACCAACACCAAGAGGGUCUCUGUACCCGCACCAAACAGUUACUGUACACCCACACCCACCAACACCAAGAGGGUCUCUGUACCCGCACCAAACAG